AAAAAAAAGACUACACCUUAAUAACCGCAUCCCAAUGACAAUGCAGUGAUGUAUGAACUUCAUUGGGAAAUCGCAUUAAUGAUUGCACGGUCAAGCCAAUCUUCUCCUCCUCAACCUCCUCCGUCGCAGUCAUUGCCUGGUGCAUACCUCGUCGAGAACAGUGGACAAUAGUGUGCACUUCAAUUGUCCCUCAGUAAUUAGCAACACUUCCAUGAACCCCCUAGAUCAAUGUGGCUUCUUGCAUCAGAGUCAUCGGUCUCAUUAUCAUUGCCCAGGAGAGCUUCUCGUUCAACGCUCACAUACAAAUGCAUACGUAGUACAUCCACAGUCGUAGCUCAUAAGUAAGUGUACCACACACACGCCAUUGGAAGUGUAAAAAAACGAGGGUUGGGGGAGCUUCUUCUGCCAAGUUAUACCAUCUUUUGCAGGGGGAAAUUGGAGCGCGAUUUGCGCACUGACGUCAUCGGCGAGUGUCGGAUUCAACGCUGAUUGGCGGACAACAGCGAUGAUUCCAAAAUGAAGAUGACACGAUAGCCUGUCCACGAAGGUAAAGAAGAGACUAGGACUACCGCAGAUACGUAAGCUAGGGGUACAGAACUUAUGGAACACACCGCCGAGUUGAAAGAUUCAGAUACGAGGGUUAAUGGUUGAUUUUCCCCCUUGGUUGGAGGAGAAUUGCUAGGCGAAUCCUUCACUUGCCAUUGUGCCUUCUAUUGGUGAAUGUCUCCUCUACUUCUGGACUCUACCUCUUAUCGAAGUUUACAAAGUUUGCAAGUACUUUUGGCAUCAUUGGGUGAGAACUUGAGUUCGAACAGUGAUAUGCUCAGAUAAGACGAGAGGUCGCGAUUUCAAACUUCAACUGAUCCUAGGCGAGUUGAAUUAUUAAAAUACCAUGAAAUUACACACCAUCACCCAAUGGAGCGCAACCGCUGGUUUCGCGAUCAUCUUGAUUUGGCUAACCACAGCCACCACCGCCCAAACUGAAUUAAAAGAAGCGUUGGAGGACAUCGCCAAUGUAAGGGUGUCUAGAAGUGAGAUCAAGAAAGAGAUCAAAUCCAAGCUUGAGCAAAAGAAGGUGCGGAAACGACAACCAGAACUCAUCGAAGAUCUCGAAGCCAGUGGAUCUGAUUUUCAACCGAUUGUGUAUAGAACCAUCAAUGAGGUGCCCAGGGUUCCCGGAUUUCAGUCUCUCUUUCCACCCUUGGAACAGAACAAACCGAGGCAGAUCACGACGCCUCAUGUGGCUUCCGGGUAUGAGGUCCCACCUGUGAUAACUAAUAACGUGGGUCAUUCCAGUUCGCACGGUGGCUUAAAAACCGGGUACUUUCCACCCACACAACGUGUCAUGCCGCGCGUCAACCAAAUGGAAGCAGAAUGCAGUGACGACGUGAUGAAAUUGAGAGUCAAAUUUAAUGCCACUUUCGAUGGCCUCAUUUACUCUGCGGGAUAUGCUUAUGACAACGAUUGCAUUUACAUCAAUGGCACUGGUGCUGAUGAGUACGAGUUCUACAUUCAAUUGAACCGUUGUGGCACUUUGGGAGGUUCCGAUCACAACAAGAAACGAGAAGUUGGAUUCAAGAACACCGAACCCACGAAAAACUUCAUGUGGAAUACGGUGACGAUCCAAUACAACCCAUUGAUCGAAGAAGAAUGGGACGAGCAUUUCAAAGUGACUUGUGAAUAUGGUUACGACUUCUGGAAAACGGUCACGUUCCCAUUUCUCGAUGUUGAGGUGAACACUGCGGAUCCCGUUCAUUUCACACUUAUCCCUCCUGAAUGUCACAUGGAGAUCAGGGCAGGUUAUGGUGCUCAAGGACCCAGAGUGACUGGCCCUGUUCAUGUGGGUGAUCCUUUAACUUUGCUCAUUAACAUGAGAAGUCAAUUUGAUGGAUUCGACAUUGUUGUCAAUGAUUGCUAUGCCCACAAUGGUGCGAAUAAGAAGAUUCAACUUAUCGACCAUCAUGGAUGUCCAGUGGAUGAGAAGCUUAUUUCCAAGUUUCAAGGCUCAUGGGGCAUGGAUGGUGCCAUGUACCAAACUGUGAUCUAUGCUCAUAUGAAGACCUUUCGCUUCACGGGCACGCCAGCUCUGUAUAUCGAAUGUGACAUUCGAAUGUGUCAUGGGAGGUGUCCUACCCAAUCUUGCAACUGGAGAAAUGUUCGACGACGAAAGCGUUCGACGGGUGAAAUCGACCGAGAACCCCGAGGCCUGGAGGCUGUAGUCGACAAUGAUGACCAAUACUUCGACCUCGAGGAAGUUGGGGACAGCUCCGUUGCCUUGGAUGGCCAAGUGGGAGCCACGGCCCCGGCCCCAAGUACAAAUCAAAGCCAACCCUUGUCCGAAAAUCUGCGGAUCUUCCAAGCCAUUCACGUUCUGCAAGGGCGGGAUGAGGAAGAAGGAGGUGGGUCUUCACCAACCACUUCCAGUGCAGUGUUACUCGAGGAUGUCGAGGACAACAUAUGCCUCCGCUCCAUGGUGUUUGCGUCCAUCUUUGGAAUCUUGUCCCUCUUCACUUUGACGUCCAGUGUGGCGCUUUCUUUGUUAUGUAUGAGAGUCAGACGAAUGAAGAAAUCGGAUCCUAGUUACGAAUAUCGGACCACGACCUCGACUCAUGGCCAAUUGAGGGCUGCAAGAAGCGCUAAAUCAGACUAUGUUCAUUCGAUUCAUCAGAGAAUACCUUGAAGAGAUCCUCCUUAGCACAACUUAUGAGCCUGUGGCAUUUAUCCUUGCGGAACAAAAUCCAGUACACCCCUUUUUCAAACCAACAUUAACAUCUUUCAAGAACUGAUCAAUUAUCAACUAAUCCAAUAGCUGUUGUUGCAUUGUGUAUUAUAUUAACGUAGACUACGUUGCCAGUUCAUGCUCACAUCUAUCUUACUGAUGUCCAUUAUGUAAAGAAUAAUCGUAGCAUUGUAUUCUUAUGUCUGCAUGCAGUAACCGGUACAGAUGAUGUUACGCCACGCCAUACAUGAACUUAUUAGAGCGAUUUGGGAGAAUAAAAUAAAAAGUAGAA